AUGAAACCUCCACCUCCAAAAAGAAAGAAAAUUGUGUUAGAAGAAGAGGAAUAUUUGAAUGCGUUGGGAAGGGUGAUAGAGCGCGAUUAUUAUCCAGAUUUGGAUAAAUACAGAACGUAUUCUGAAUAUCUUAAAGCAUUAGAGACGAAAGACUAUGACCGUGCUGAAAAACUACGAUACCAUCUCCGAAUCAUUCAAAAUGCCGAAACUCCUGGGAAAACGCCAAUGGUUACGCCCGCUCCUAAAGGAAUGACUCCCAAAGUUGAAAACGACGAAUACCAAAGUGAAAGCACCGAUAGUUCUUCUUUUGUUCUGCAUGAUGUCAACAAUACGGAGAUCUCGCUUCCAGCAAACAUUACCCUGAACAAGCUCGCAAGCAUGGUAACCAGCGAGGACAACCAGAACUUCCAGGACAAGCAGGAGAUCGAAAACAAGAAGAUGCGAGAGAAACUGUGGUGGCUUUUCGAUGGUGAGGACCCAGAAAGGCAGCGAAGACUUCUUCUUCUCUGCUCUGAAGAGGAACGAAAGCUCUUAGCAGAUGAAGCCGUGCGUGCAUCCUGGCCUCAUCGAUCCCAAAACGCACUCAUGUUUGAGCCCAAAAUCGAAGACUCGCUCACCACUUAUGGCGUUCCCUUGCUCACAGAUUCCGACGUGGCACCUCGUAAACUCCAAAUUGUUCCAAAAAACACACGAAUCCACUCUUCUCUGAUCGAAUUCUCUUCGAAUCCUUCCACUGAAAACGAUUCUUCUUCAUCUCUUCCACUUCCUUCUGAGCAAACUCUCAUCGCCACACCGGCUCCCGAGCCUGGCGUAGACGUCGAUCCCUUAAUGACGUGGGGUUCGAUCGAUGGCACGCCGCUCUCGUUGGGAUCCGCGGUGAUGACGGUCGACGCGCCCAUUACCCCACUCCCAAAGAUCAAUAAACGCGAGCAAAUCGCGGAGAAGCUGUAUAAAAAAAUGAAGAAAAGAACAGCAGCCUCGACACCGGCGCCUACCAAAGCGGGCGCGAUGUCUCCGGCUGCAUUAAAGUUGAAACAGAGAAUGAUGGGAGGCGGAUCGGGCGUCGAUCAGCUGCUGAAGCGAUCCUACACGCCCGGAGCGAGAACACCAGCGCAGAGCUCGGGAAUGACGCCAGGAAUGACGCCGGGGAUGAAGAAGCGAGUAAGCUUUGUGUCAACGCCUUCGCAUGCCCGCAGUGAUAAGAAAGUGGUGAUCAAGAAAUCGGUGACGGAUGAUUUAUUGUAA